AGAGCCACCGCUGCGGGUACCAGAUAGGACCACGGCGGCGCUGAGCCACCAGAGCCACCUGAACCCCCUGGACCGCUGGCCCACCCGAGUCCACAUGGAGGCGCAGGGACACGAAGACCCAGGGGGCGCGCUGCAGGAACUGGCAGAAAAUCUAUUUCAGGAACUUCAAGAACAUUUUCAAGCUCUGACUGCAACAUUAAACCUCAGAAUGGAAGAAAUGGGAAACCGCCUCCAGGACUUGCAGAGGAAUGUGAAUGCCUUAAUGGUGCAAGCUGGGAUCAACAAUGCUAUCAAAGAACAAACGCUUUGGUUACUCGGCUCAGACUUGACUCUGACAUGUGGCAACCAGCAGGGCAGCUGCCAUGUCUGUCUGAGCCCCCCAUGUUUCCACUGCCCAGAAUGCACUACUAGUAAGUUGCCUGUCUAGAAGCAGAUGGAGCCCUAGCCACAGCCAGCGAGUAGAGGUCUCAGACUCACGACCACAAAACGGGAUUCAGCCAACUACCUAGGUGAGCCAUAUGGCUUCUUCCCCGACUGACUGCCUUUGAGAGACUCCAAGGAAACCUGCAGAACCUGCCCGGACUAGGACCUGGAGAACCCUGAGCUCACAAAUGGUGCUUUCUGCCACAAAACUUGUGCUAACUUGUUCCACAGAAUAUGAAGCUAAUACACACCCUACACCGUCCACCUGGACCAUCCUCACCAACAGGGGCUCUAUUUGUGAAGUGAACAUUAAUACUGCUAUCCGCCAACUUUUGUAGUAACAAUAACUAUGAAAUUUUGGCAAGUAUAGCAAUAUUAAAGGGUUAUUUCUUUCCUAA